AAAUAGGAGCUAUAUAAAUACUGUGCCGGGAAAACCAUAACCACGAGAAACACGCAGAGCAAAAUCAAACAGAAAUUCAAAAGCCGGCCACAGAAGAAUAUUCAGUUUGUUUGUACUAAUAUUGAACAAAAAUCAAAUUCAAUUCAAUUCCCAAAGUAAACAUGAUAAUUCCUCUUUGCAACCCUUCUCUUUCUCUUCAAUCGACCUCAUUUCAUGGAAAACCUAACAACAAAAUUCUCUCUAUCACCAAUUCCGCAUCUUCCGGCAACAGAUUAAACACCCAGCGAAAAACCAUAUCCGCUUUCGAAGCUCGAAUUUCACUCAUUUUCGCUCUCGCUUCUCAAUCCACCUCUCUCUCCCAGCGACUUGUUGCCGAUGUGGCUACCGAGACUGCAAAAUAUUUGUUUCCGAAAAGAUUUGAAAGCCAAACACUCGAAGAGGCGUUGAUGACAGUUCCGGACCUUGAGACUGUCAAGUUCAAAGUUCUAACUAGAAAGGAUCAGUAUGAGAUUAGGGAAAUUGAGCCUUACUUUGUAGCAGAGACUACAAUGCAAGGGAAGAGUGGGUUUGAUUUCAGCGGUGCUUCUCAGUCAUUUAAUGCCCUUGCCGAGUACCUUUUUGGUAAGAAUACAACGAAGGAGAAAAUGGAGAUGACUACACCCGUUAUUACCAGUAAGAAUCAAUCUGAUGGGGUUAAAAUGGAUAUGACAACUCCUGUGUUAACAACAAAGACGGGAGGUCAAGAUCAAUGGAAAAUGUCUUUUGUCUUGCCUUCAAAGUACGGUGAUAACUUGCCACUGCCUAAAGAUUCCUCUGUGACAAUUAGAGAGGUGUCUAGAAAAAUAGUUGCUGUAGUUGCCUUUUCAGGUUUUGUGAAUGAUGAAGAAGUUAAGCGGCGCGAACUGAAACUAAGAGAAGCUCUGAAAAAUGAUGGACAGUUCAAACUUAAAGAGGGAACUGCAGUAGAAGUUGCACAGUAUAAUCCCCCAUUUUCUCUUCCAUUCCAACGCCGUAAUGAGAUUGCAUUGGAGGUGGAGUGGAAAAAUAAGUAGGACCAAUAUUUGCCAAUAUACAGUGUUGAGGUACUUCUGAAUUUUCAUCAUUUCACUAUAAGUUGCAAAUGUUACCUGUUCAUUACCAAUGAUCAGACUCCAAUACAAAAUAUUGUGUACUCAUCAUUGAUGCGUCUUUUUUGUAAAUAGGUUUUGUACCGAAUAUUGAUGUUUAUAUAUGUAUGUAGACAGAUGUGUUUGUGCAUGUAUAGAGUUUGGAAAUAAUGUGCAACUGUGCAAGUAAAUAUAUAUAUAUUUUUUGUUGGUAACCA